AUGAGUAUUCUUCAAGGAUGGCACCGCGGCGAGCGCCUCGUCCGCCAAAAGCUCGGGUACGACAAGAUCCCAUCGACGGCCUAUCUAUAUACCUCGAUUCAGGGCGACAUGCCUGAACAGCAUUCCACAUUCUACUCUACGCGAUUGCCUUUCCUCCCCGCGUGUACUCUAGGCCCAGACGGUCGGCCGUGGGGCUCCAUUCUCGCAGGCAAGGACGGCGAUCUCGCGUUCAUCAGCCACCCGAGAUACAACACCCUCACGAUGGAGGCAAAGUUGUGGGACGGAGAGCCGUUCCUCCAGAACGCGAAGAAUCAUGAGGAAGAUGUGAUGCUUAUUGCUGGAAUCGGUGUUGAGCUCUCCACGCGUAGGCGGAACAAGUUUGCGGGUUAUAUCACCAAGUUGAAGAUCGAAGGCGGCAUCGCCAAUAUUGAAUUAUUCGUUAAUGAGGCUAUUGGGAAUUGCCCGAAAUAUAUCACUCUCAGAGAACUAACACCCCAUCCCAAUACUUCCCCCGUUGUAGUCAACGAUAAGAAGGAUCUUGCAAAGGAAGAAAGACUUUCCGAAGAAGCGAUUCAAUUGAUCCUUGAGUCAGACACCGUUUUCUUUGGGACCAGCUAUGUGGCUUCAAAGCAAGAAGAGCAGGCAUACCCUUCUCAUGUGGGGAUGAACCACCGUGGGGGUCGGCCAGGGUUCAUCCGCGUAAAGCCCUCAGACGGUCGCACAGUCAUCCUUCCCGACUAUUCUGGAAAUCGAAUCAUGACGUCCUUGGGAAACGUCGAAGCUACACCCCUAGCCUCCCUCACAUUUAUUUCGUUCGUUACAGGCGAUAUUCUCUAUCUGACGGGGAAGGCGCGCAACGUUUACGGAGACGAAGCUCGUUCCAUCAUGCCACUUCAGGACACCUUCACAGAGGUUUUUGUGACCGGAUAUGUCCACGUCCGGGACGCCUUCCCAGCACGCCAACGGCCCGGAUACACGAUCCAACCUAGUCCAUACAGCCCUCCCAUCCGCCUUCUCACAGAAGAGAAUCCUCAAUCGAAGAUAUUUUCAACGAGCGAGCAGCCGAAAGCGCUCUUGGUCAGCAUAAAGAUCCACAGUCCCACCCUCGCCACUUUUGAGUGGGAAGUCCCCACCCCGGUGCACAUCCGACCAGGUCAGGCGGCCAUCCUGGGAUUCAUGCCGCUCCUCGGCUCGCGUCAGUACCAAUACAUGGCACCGCAAAAGCCGAGCGCUGUGAACGACGAUUUCAUUCGUACGUGGACUGUUUCCAGCGCGCAUGAGGGUGAAGGAGGAACCCGACGGUUCGCGUUGACGAUGCGCGAGAAGCCUGGUGGCACAGUUACGGGGGCGCUCUUCACCAUCGCUCGGAGGCUCGCUCAGCUCAAGCCUGAGGCGUUGGUCGAUUCGAGCGUCUUGGGUUUGCGGGUCGACCUUGUUGGUAUCAGUGGUGAUUUUGUGCUUCCCACACCCGCGGCGAGUGGGAGCCGCACAUCGCCCUCGCUUCUUUGGGUGGCAGGAGGCAUUGGUAUCACACCUUUCCUCUCGAUGUUGGCCGCCCUAUCGAACAAGAAGACAGUCUCGCGUCGGAGGUCACCCUCCUGCUAUCGACUCGCGAACCGCAGAUCAUGCUUUUGCUCCUCAGCAAUUCGCUCAAAUCAAGCGAACGUACGCGUCCCAAGGUCUCGAUUCACGUCUUAA